AUGGAUGACUACAUACAAAGUCUACCGGACGAAUCUACCGCAACUGAUAUGGUAAGGGAUAUAAUUAAUAUUCACAAAGAGGGUGGGUUCGAAAUUCGGAACUUUACGAGCAAUAAUUUGGAUGUGUUGAAAAGUGUACCUACUGAGGCUCUAGGCGAUGCUGCUGUAAAAUUCAAAAUAGGUCAGCAGUACGCAGGCGAACGAACGCUCGGGCUCAUUUGGUACCCAGGGACAGACGGACUAGGUUUCGACGUGUCGUUGAAGCGUGUGCCUCUUGAUGUGUUAAAGGGUGAGCAAAGACCAACCAAAAGGCUAAUGUUGAAAGUUAUUAUGUCAAUAUUCGACGUGUUUGGCUUUUUGGCACCUUUUACCAUACAAGGUAAGAUAAUGCUUCAAGACACGUGGAAAUCGCAUGUCGGCUGGGAUGACACCAUUCCUGACGCCACAUUCGAUAAGUGGCGAAAGUGGCUCGAGCUGCUGCAGGUAAUAAAUAAAAUACGAGUACCCAGAUGUUAUCACCAGGCAGGCAGCUUGGCAAUGCAACGAGAGCUGGCCGCUACAAACGCUGCACCAUCACCACUGUCGGAACCCAGCGCAAGUGCUGCUGCAACAAGUUGUGAGUAUAAUAAUCUGCAGUUGCAUACGUUUUGUGAUGCGUCAACAAAAGCAAUGGCUGCCGUGUCAUACUGGCGAUGGAAUGACAAGUUUGGAAACAUCUGUGUUGCGUUAGUGGCUAGCAAAUGUCGAGUUUGUCCAGUCAAGGCAUUGACAGUGCCAAGAUAUGAGUUACAAAGUGCUCUUUUAGCUGCCAGAUUAGCAGAUACACUGUUAAAAGAGCACAAACUUAAAGCAACGCGAAGAUACUUUUGGAGUGAUGCCACUACCGUGUUGCACUGGAUAAAAAAUGACACACGCAAUUAUAAGACUUUUGUUGCGAAUAGAUUGGGUGAAAUCGACGAGCUUACACGUGCAUCAGAGUGGAGGUACGUAUCUACUAAAUUAAAUAUUGCCGACACAGCUACACGUGAGGUCUACGAUGAAACCAUUUUUCAAAACGAAUGGUUCAAUGGUCCUACAUUUUUGUAUGGUGAAGAAUCUACAUGGCCGCAAGACUUAGUGGAACAAGAUGUCAAUGUUUCAAAUCUAGAACGCGUAACAUUGGUCCAAGAACCUGCUCAAAACUCACCGCUUCCGGAUCCUCAUCGUUUUUCGUCUUGGUUGCGGCUUAAGAGAGCUACUGCAGCGGUUCUUAAGUUUGUAAACAAGUGGAAAAAACUUACAAGUGAAGAGGACUGCGAAACAAUGGAACGAGCGGAGCGUCUUAUAUUGAAACAAUCUCAGCGAGAGUCUUUCGGCCAAGAUAUUGUAGCAAUAAAAGCAGACGAGUUCGACGUGCUACGAUGUGGUGGCCGAAUUGACGCCGCACUCGAUGUUGCACAUGAUGUAAAAAGACCAAUCAUCCUUGACGGUAAGCAUCAAGUAGCGCGACUGUUAGCCAAACAUUACCAUGAAAAGGCUGCUCACGAUCAACAGGAGACUGUAGUAAAUGAUCUCAAGCAGAAAUAUUGGAUAGUGAAGCUGAGAUCUACUGUCAAGUUCGUAGCUUCACGUUGCAUGAUAUGCAAACUGAGGAAAGCCAAACCUGAAGUUCCCAGGAUGGGAGACUUACCAGCUGCGCGUAUGGCUCACCAUCAGAGGCCGUUUACAUACAGCGGAUGUGAUCUGUUUGGCCCAAUCGAGGUGACAGUGGGAAGACACCGCGAAAACAGGUAUGGUGUACUUUUUACUUGUCUGACGGUAAGAGCCGUCCAUAUAGAAAUAGUUCAUUCUCUGACAACGGAUUCUAUGAUAAUGGCACUUCGUCGGAUGGCGGCACGAAGAGGUUGGCCGAGAUAUUUGUAUUCUGAUAACGGUACUAACCUGCGGGGCGCUGAUUCGGAAUUGAAGAAAGCCGUUCAAGAACUGGAUGAUGAAGUUUUGAAAAGAGAAGCUGCGAACGAAGGAAUCCAGUGGUCAUUUAUUCCACCCGCUAGUCCCCAUUGGGGUGGGGCAUGGGAACGACUGGUGCGCAGCGUAAAGACUUCACUAAAGGUAAUUUUUAAAGAAAGAGCGCCCAAAGAUGAAACUUUGAGCACUUUUAUAGCCGAGGUAGAAAAUAUAGUGAACUGUAGACCCUUAACUCACGUAUCUGUUGAACCUGGAAGUGAUGAGGCUUUGACGCCAAAUCAUUUCCUUCUCGGUACGUCAUCCAGCUUACCUGUAUUAGGUUGUUUUGAUGUGAAUGACUUACAUCUCCGGAAGCAAUGGCGCAAGUCACAGCUUCUAGCAGAUAUGUUUUGGCAGCGCUGGGUCAGAGAGUACUAA